AUGUCUGCCCCGUCUCUCGCCCCCUAUAUCAUGAAGCGCCCGUGGCUGCAGCGCUGGAUGAAGCCGCUCGCCAACUGGUACUGCAACGCCGCCGGCUACAGGCAGCUCGGCCUGAGGGCCGAUGACUUGCUCCCCGAGGAGAACGACGUAGUUCAGACCGCCCUGAAGCGUCUCCGACCGCAGGAGGCCUACGACCGUGUCUUCCGUCUGCGCCGAGCUUUCCAGCUCUCCAUGUCCCACCAGCUUCUGCCCAAGGAGGAGUGGACUAAGCCCGAGGAUGACACACCAUACCUCGCCGAGCUCAUCACAGAGAUCGAGUCCGAGAUGGCCGAGCGCGAGGACCUCGAGGCCAUGGUCAUCCAGAAGAGGCAGAAGAACGCCGCCCAGGCCACCGGACACUAG